GUCUCCACAGCUGCCCGCCAAGACUCUCCCCAGCCGGCAGGGACGUGACGCCAGCAGCCGGGCCGCCGCGGUCUCACAUCCUUCGGCACGUUUGACGGACUUUAACACCUUUUCUACUGAAUGGAGGCGGACGGAUUCGUGUCCCGGCGAACGUCCAUGGAGGCACCGGGCGUGGACAGCCGGGUCACGGGCGCUGCAGCCGGGGCAGAGUUCCGAUGGCUGGGUGGCAGGCUCCUGGAGGCCAACGUCACGGAGAGGUUUGUGGGCUCUCUUUCAUCGAGGAAAGCGGGGGAACAGGACUUUACCCCCGUGUUACUCUCGACCUCUGCGGAGACAGAAGUAGACUAUGAAGGGCUUCCUCAGGGAGCAGCCACCAGCACUCACAUGCUGGCAGGAGCCGUGGCUGGAAUCAUGGAGCACUGCCUCAUGUACCCCAUCGACUGCGUCAAGACUCGGAUGCAGAGCCUACACCCCGAGCCUGGAGCACGCUACAGGAACGUGAUGGACGCCCUGCAGCAGAUUGUCCGGACUGAAGGUUUUUGGCGGCCAAUCAGAGGUGUGAAUGUUCUAGCGGUGGGGGCGGGGCCUGCACAUGCCCUCUACUUCGCCUGCUAUGAGAAGAUCAAGUUUUCACUCAGUGAUGCCAUUCACCCUGGAGCUAACAGCCACUUGGCUAACGGAGUGGCCGGCUGCAUGGCCACGGUGCUGCAUGAUGCAGUUAUGAACCCGGCUGAAGUUGUGAAACAGCGAAUGCAGAUGUUCAACUCUCCUUAUCGAGGCGUGCUCGAGUGUAUGGGAUCGCUGUUGAGGCAAGAAGGUCCGGCGGCUUUCUACCGAAGCUACACCACCCAGCUGACCAUGAACGUGCCCUUCCAGGCGCUUCACUUCAUGACCUACGAAUACCUCCAGGAGCUCCUCAACCCCCACAGACAGUACAACCCCUCAUCACACGUAGUAUCAGGCGCAUUAGCUGGAGCCGUCGCCGCCGCCGCCACCACUCCUCUCGACGUCUGCAAGACCCUUCUCAACACGCAGGAGGCUCAGGCCAUUCACAUGAUCCAGGCGGAAGCAGCGACGGCCACCGCCACAGCUCCUGGCAGCCGCCACAUCUCGGGCCUGGGCGAGGCGUUUCGGACUGUGUACAGGAUGGGAGGCAUGCCGGCGUUCUUCAAAGGCGUCCAGGCCAGGAUCAUAUACCAGAUGCCCUCCACCGCCAUCAGCUGGUCCGUGUACGAGUUCUUCAAAUACAUCAUCACCAAGCGGCAGCACGAGAGACGGCUGCGGGGGGACCGCGACGGAGACAAAUAAAAACCUGGAACCAACUUUUGGUAUCGGCUAAACAAAGGGUUAUAGAACCACACUGGUCACUGUUAUCAGUGUUGAUUUAUGGAAAUCUAAAGGCUGAAAGUCCAGAGUUUUAGAUUCUUGGAGCAAAAAGUCAGAGCUUAAGGUUUACUGAGAUCAGCUGGGCAGGCGUGAUCUAGUUUAUUAAACAUGAGGAGAAGUCAGGAGACGGCUGUUCUUCAGUACUUCAUUACAACCUUAAAAUCAGUAACAGGACGUCCUGGUUUCACAAACUUACCGCUAACAUGAAUAUGCUUAUCUAUAUUUAAUUCUAGUGCUCAACUACAGAAACUUUUUCUAUUAGCUUUCAAAAAGCAAAUUAUUUAUGAAGUCAGAGAAGUUAAAUCUGGCAGAAGAGCUCCCUCAGCCACCUACAGUGCAGUUAUUGGAGAGAUAGCUUUUGUUUUUGCCCUUAAGUCAAGCUGAUAGAAUAAAAAUAAAAUCUACAUGGAUAUGAAGUACAACUGUUGACUUUGAGCUUUAAAUCUGGGGUGUUUACAUGCUGUAUUCAUACCGUCUACAUACAAGAACACUAGAAGUCCAACACCAAAGGGCUCCACAGCCAUAAAGCUCACAGUCAGCACUUUCACUUCAUUAUUUUAAUCUGUCUCUGAACCAAAACCUCCAAGUCCUCAAUAACUGUUCUGUAAACUGGGUUAACACCCCUCUCCUAACUGCACGCUGCGCUUCUUAAAAUAAAUCCUGACCACAGGGGGGCGCUAAGCUUCACCAACAUGGAGGUUACUGGAACUGCAAUAUCACAGUUAGUUUCACAAUAAAUCAAACAAUCUAGCGGGUUUACAGUCAGUUUUAGUGAGAGAAGGGAAUAGAUAAUUAGGGUAUUUUGUUUUAUUUAGCAGUAACAACAGAAUUUACUCAAACCGUCAUGUGGGCACCACAGCCUGCAGUUUAUUCAUCCUAUUCAUUCUUUAGAGAGUUGAUCUUGGGUUAAUGUCGAACAGGUGUUCAGUCCUUGAGUAGAACAGGUGAAUGAGUGUUUGUGUGUUACAAUGACUGGAUGAGUGGAAAUACAGCGUCAUAGAGCUCUGCAGUGACUCUGACCUGAACUGAUCUCAGCACAGCACGUCACCAGGAAACAACCCCGUACCUGAACAGAGCGUGUGCAUCCUGGAAGCCUCCUGCUUUUUUAAACACAAGUACGAGCAGAAACACCUGGGGCUCAUGGUGGCACGUUAUUUAGCAUCACAGCGUCUUCAUUCUCAGUUUAGAAAUAAAAAAAUAAGCAGCACCCUCCGAUCUGAAAAACUGGAGCAAGUAGAGGGAUGCCUAAAGCUGCAGGCCCUUGAGUUUCACCUUUAGGCUGGCUGCAGAAGCACCCGAGUCACUUUUAAUGCAUUUCUUUAAGCAGUACCGACUUGGCCGGGCUUGAUUCCUUUGUUGUCAGCUCCAGUUUCUACCUCCUUAACAUAGAUCUCCGCGUGGCUGAGCCAAACUGCCAUGACUUUGUAAACAAAACCAGUGCAGGAGAUUGAGGCGCUGGUGAACCUGAUUCUCAGUCCAUAGCUUUUUGUUAGAGCAAGGAGACAAGUUUGCUCCAGAGACGGUUACAAGCAGGCACACUAAAAAGUAUGGAAGUCUGCUAACAUGGCUGCAAACGUCAUCGUGGUCAGUCAGCAUUUGAGGUCGAUCAGUAGUGAGGUUGAGACUGCUGUUUGGAUAUGGUGACCUCCACAGGUAGGCUUCAGGGGACUGCUUCUGUAAGGGAAUGGAUACAAUCACUUAGACUUUGUCCAACUCUUCUGACAGUUUAUGGUAAAUUAGAAAUACAAAAGCAAGCCUGCAUCUUUAACUGCUAGUUCCAUCCAUAUAUGUACUCUACAUUAUGAUAUAUGAAGCUAUAGAUUUAUGUUUAGCUCUAUUUUUAUGAAACUAAAACAAAUGUCUAAACCUUUAUUUUUCAAAUCUAAAAAAAAUAUAUAUAUAUAUAUAUUUAAGAAAUCAAACUUUUGUAAAUGCACUGAUUUAAUACACAUUUAUGGUGAAGAAUGCUCCAGUCUUUUGAUGGAGGAAAAUGUGGAUAAGAGCCUCAAAGGUGUAAAAAAUGCUCUUCCUCUGCCUGGAAAUGACUCGAUUUGGAGCUUGUGAUGCCGCACAUGUAAAUGCUGCCGAUCCUUUCUGGUCAGAGCCACACGAGCUGCAAACACACAAGAUUUUUGUUCCUGAACAAGUUCAAAUGGAAGAUGCUGCAUACAAACUUGUUUAUUUAUAGAUUUGUGUUUUAUUCUUCCAUGGUGUUAAAGUUUUAGAACAAGGCUACAGUCACCACCUCUUAUCUAUUUAGUUUAAGUUUUAGCAUUAAGAUAAAUUUACGUUACUUCUGCACAUGCCUUUAGGAAGCCGCCUUACAUCCAACGCACAACUAUCCAGAUUUCCUCACAGAUGUUUUAUUGUGUUUUAAAGCCAUAAAAGAUGAAUUUGUACAUAAAUAUACUUAAAACUAUAAUUAUGGAUAAAGAUAAGCCCACACUCUCUACUGAGCUGAAUUUUGGAGCUAACCUAACUACAAAAAACUUGAAAGAGCUGUAAAUUCAGGUUUUUAUAGAAAAAUGAAACUCAUGGGAGAAGUGGUGAAAAGGAAACCCUGACUAAUUUCAGACAUACUGAGCGUGUGAAUGAGAGGACAUGACUGGAUGGGUAUUUAACAUGACUGUAGGAGUGUUCCUCCUGGAUGUGAAGCAGAGGUUAUGAGUGGGAAACCAAAGACUGAGGAAGAGGAGAGGGAGAGUGGUGUCGUCAGACCACCACACUAAUGUGAAAUGCUUGAACACUGAGAGCGACACCUGUAUUUUGUGAAUUGUAAAUAAAUUUUCGCUAAGGCAGCUACCUCGCAGAAGCAGGGUCUUCUCUUGGUGCUGGCUCUCAACGCGCUGAGAGAAAUCAAA